UUUCGCCUCCAAAAUCUGAUCCUAGAUUAUAACUUCUUUAGUGGCACCAUUCCUGCUUCUUUGGGCAACUUGAGUGAACUCACAGAGAUUUCUCUCAGUCAUAACCAGCUUAGAGGACCUAUCCCAAAUGAAAUUGGAAGCCUUUAUAGACUUAAGACGGUAGAUUUUUCUAGUAAUUCAUUGAACGGAAGCUUGCCCGCCACUCUCUCUAAUGUGUCCUCUCUCACUCUCUUGAAUGUAGAGAACAACCACCUAGGUAAUCAAAUCCCAGAAGCCUUGGGCAGAUUGCACAAUCUAUCUGUUCUGGUUCUGAGCAGAAACCAAUUCAGUGGCCAUAUUCCUCAGAGUAUUGGAAACAUGUCAAAGCUUACACAGCUUGAUUUGUCAAUGAAUAAUCUCAGUGGAGAAAUUCCAGCAUCCUUUGAAGAUCUGAGUGGUCUUAAUUUCUUCAACGUUUCUCAUAACAACCUCUCUGGUCCGGUUCCAGCCCUACUUGGGCAUAAAUUUAAUUCAAGCUCAUUUGUGGGAAAUAUUCAGCUAUGUGGAUAUAGCCCUUCAACCCCAUGUCCCUCGCCAGCUCCUUUUGUUUCACCUAAAGAAAAAUCAGAAAACCAUCGACACAAUAAACUAGGCACCAAAGACAUAAUUCUCAUAGUAGCAGGAGUGCUCCUUGUUGUCCUGGUAACACUUUGCUGCAUUCUGCUAUUCUGCCUGAUCAGAAAAAGAACAGCAUCGAAUGCAGAGGGUGGCCAGGCCACAGGGAGAGCAUCUGCAUCUGCUGCCACGACAGAAAAAAGAGUCCCUCCUGUCGCAGGUGAAGCUGAAGCUGGUGGUGGUGAGGCCGGAGGUAAACUAGUCCACUUUGAUGGACCAUUGGCUUUUACAGCUGAUGAUCUCUUGUGUGCAACAGCAGAGAUAAUGGGAAAGAGUACGUAUGGAACUGUUUACAAGGCUACAUUAGAGGAUGGAAGUCAAGCUGCAGUUAAACGAUUGAGGGAAAAGAUUACGAAAGGUCAAAAAGAAUUCGAAUCUGAAGUUAGUAUUAUAGGAAGAAUUCGACACCCAAAUCUUCUGGCAUUGAGAGCCUAUUACUUGGGACCCAAAGGAGAAAAGCUUCUAGUAUUUGAUUACAUGCCUAAGGGAAGUCUUGCUUCUUUCCUACACGCUCGUGGGCCCGAAACAGCCAUUGAUUGGCCAACAAGGAUGAAAAUAGCGCAGGGAAUGGCUCGUGGCUUGUUAUACCUUCAUUCCAAUGAAAAUAUUAUUCACGGAAACCUUACGUCCAGCAAUGUGCUGCUGGAUGAGUAUACGAAUGCUAAAAUAGCUGAUUUUGGCCUUUCUCGGUUGAUGACAACUGCUGCUAAUUCUAACGUGAUUGCCACUGCUGGGGCAUUGGGAUACCGAGCACCUGAGCUCUCGAAGCUUAAGAAAGCCAACACAAAAACUGACGUAUACAGUCUUGGUGUCAUCUUGUUAGAACUCCUAACGGGGAAGCCACCUGGUGAGGCUUUGAAUGGCGUGGAUUUACCUCAGUGGGUUGCCUCCAUUGUCAAAGAGGAGUGGACAAAUGAAGUUUUCGAUGUAGAGUUGAUGAGAGAUGCUUCAACAUAUGGCGACGAAAUGCUGAACACGUUGAAGCUUGCUUUGCACUGUGUUGAUCCUUCUCCAUCAGCACGACCAGAAGUCCAGCAAGUCCUUCAGCAGCUUGAAGAGAUUAGACCGGAGAUAUCAGCCAGUUCGGGUGACGAUGGAGCCAUCCCUUCCACCAGUGAAUGAGUAUUAGGACUAACGUAGUAGAGUAGCUAGUUUAUUAUUCUUUCAUUCUUAACAUCAAUUUCUUUUUGCCUGCUAGGAAUUCUAGUGUCUGUAUAUAUAGUAGUGUGCUUAAAUCUGUAAGUGUUCUCUUUAACACUUAUUGGUUCAUUUUAAUAUAAACUAUAUCUGGUUUGCGUUAAA